GGAACGAUUAAGUUCUGGAAAACGAUCGCUACUACUGAAGAAUCGCGUAUUUCUCGAAAAUAUCUUGCAAGGCUGAUCGCAAAACAGCUGAGCGGAGGUCAGGAUAUAGAGAAAGCGGGCAGGAUUUUUUUUUUUUUCGUUUCGAGCCUUUAUCAUCAAAGACGAAAGGGUGAAAUAUUUUCAAUCAGGGGAAACUUUUUCGAAAUGGCGGAUGCGCAACUCUAUGACGAUACAUUCACAAUCACCUCCAUCAACGCCCAGAAAUAUGAUCGCGUUUCACGAAUUUCUGGUACAUCCACAAGCGGAGAUACUCUGUUUACCCUAGACGUCAAUACGGAGAUUUAUCCGUGCUCUGUGGGCGAUCAGAUGCAAAUGGUACUCGCGUCAACCCUCUCCCUGGAUGGGACAGAAGAUGACGCAAAGGGCUGGAGGGAGGCAGCAAGAGGGGAAGCUAGUCUCGCUGAUAUGUUUGAUUACGUCUGCCAUGGAAAAAUCUACAGAUUCGAGGAAGCGGAAGGAGAAAACAUUAAGGUUUUUGUAUCAUUCGGAGGUCUAUUGCUUUAUAUGGAGGGGCCUUACAAGAAGCUUACACCACUCCGCAUCGACUAUAUCUAUCUGCUUCUGAAGAAAUGAGCGCGAGCUAAAAUUUGAUGGAGAUAUCAGCGGGGCGGAGCAACAAAAUUCCAAACGGUCUACUCGCCCCGCACCGACAAGAGGAGUCGGAAAGAUGCCCCAA